AUAACAUUAUAAAUUGAGAAUGAAUGAUUAAAUUAAUGAAGAAUGAGCCCUAAACUUUCCCUAAAACUACAAGUAAAUUAAUGUGGUUGGUUUGGCCUCAUUCAUUAGGUUCUUCAAUAGUUCACCCAUCCGAUCUUUUUUAUAUGUUCAAGUAGCUAAUGCCCACUCCUAUCCCACCCAUUACACCUUCACUUCUGGUAUUCCAUGGAAUUUUACGGCAAGAAAACUCUCGUUAGCUUCAUGGCUGAUCAAGAUACAAAUGCAGUGCUAUCUCCUCCUCCUCCUCCUCCUCCUCCCAUUAGGAUGUAUCAAGAAAUGAGUGAUCAAGAGCUCCAAAUUAGCCCUCCAAGGCCUUCCAGCACCCACUCCACCGCCACCAUGCCUACCUAUAUCUCACCAUCUAGUCCUGAAUCACCCUGGACACUCUCUCCUCUCCAUACUCCUUCAGCAUCUCUUCUCCACCAUUGCAUUGCGUCCCUUCAUCGGAAUGAAGGUAACAUCUUCUCCAUUGCUGUUUCCAAAGGAGUAGUCUUCACUGGCUCUGAAAGUAGGCGUAUUCGCGCAUGGAGGCAACCGGAUUGUGCUGAACGAGGCUAUCUUAAAGCGAGCUCAGGAGAAGUACGAGCUGUUCUAGCUAAUAAUAACAUGCUUUUCUCCUCUCACAAAGAUCAUAAAAUUCGAAUAUGGAACUUUACAGUUUCGGAGAAUUUUCGAAUAAGGAAGGUUUGUACAUUGCCUAAAAGAAACUCAUUUCUUUUAUUUUCUAGAUCAGACACACAACAACAGCAUAAAGAUUGUGUUUCUUGCAUGGCUUAUUAUCAUGCAGAAGGGCUAUUAUACACAGGAUCAUAUGAUAAAACUGUUAAAGUUUGGAGGGUUUUAGAUAAAAAAUGUGUUGAUUCAUUUAUAGCACAUGAAGAUAAUGUAAAUGCUAUACUGGUGAAUCAAGAUGAUGGGUGUGUUUUUACAUGCUCAUCAGAUGGAUCAGUAAAAUUAUGGAGAAGACUAUAUAGAGAAAAUUCACAUACUCUUACUAUGAGACUGAAGUUCCAACAAUCGCCGGUUAACGCCUUAGCAUUAAGUUCAACAUUCAGCAAUUGCUUUCUCUAUUCAGGAUCCUCAGAUGGCACUAUAAAUUUUUGGGAGAAAGAUAAAUUUUCUGGUAGGUUUAACCAUGGUGGAUUCUUGCAAGGUCAUCGUUUCGCAGUUCUUUGCCUAGUGGCUAUAGAAAAGUUGAUAUUUAGCGGUUCGGAGGAUACAACAAUCAGGGUAUGGAGAAGAGAGGAAGGAAGCUAUUUCCAUGAAUGUCUAGCAGUGUUAGAUGCGCAUAGAGGGCCAGUCAGAUGCUUGGCUGCUUGUUUGGAAAUGGAGAAAGUUAUGAUGGGGUUUUUGGUAUAUAGUGCAAGUUUAGAUCACACUUUCAAGGUAUGGAGAAUUAAGGUUUUGCCUGAAGAAAAAGUGUGCUUGGAUUAUACAGAUCAAAGCGAUCCGAAGAUAAAAGCUACGGAAUAUGAGAUGAGCCCUGUGUUGUCUCCUUCAUGGGUAGAGAGGAAACUUAGAGCGAGUCCUUUUCAAUAGAUAAAAUUUAAUUAACCACUAAAAUUUCUUUCAUGUUAUAGUGCUCAAAAGCUAUACAUCUUAUUGCCUUUUGCUUGAAUCUUAUUUGUCAAAUAUAGUGAGCACCAAACAAAAUCAUAUAUAUGUUGUUCGUAUAUGUCAUUAGCAUAAAUUGAAGGGAAAGGAAAACGAAAGGAAGAAACGAGUAUCUAAGAGUUUGCAGGUGCUACUUGAGUGUUGUCGUUACAAUUAGGUUUGACAGUAAGUUGAAGACUAUUAUGGUUGGCCUGGUUUUAUUUACUUGCAUCUGUAUAUCUCCUGUUCCCAAACUAUAUCUACAUUAAUCAUUAGUUAUUAGAGGUGAUAAAUAAACCAAUAAAAAUACAAAAAUUAAAAAAUGAAGUCAGUUGAUAUUGCUGAAGCAAUGGCUGUGAAGGAAGGCAUUACUUGAGCUGCUCAUCUUAACUGCUAUUCAGCGAUUGUUGCAUCUGAUUCAUCUGAGGUCGUUAGGCUGAUAAAUUCGGACGUUCCGAUACUGGCUGAAAUAGUACCUAUUAUCGCUGAAGGAGUUACUGGGUGGCCACCCAAACUUUGUUGUUGUUCAUACUUAUUCGUACGUGAGGAAAAUUCUGUUGCUCACCACCUAGCCAAGAUGGGCCUAUCCUAAGCUUCAAACAGAACCUGGAUUGGUAGCGGUCCUGCUUGCAUUCAAUACGCUGGGCAACUUGAUUGCCUGUACUGCUUGUAAUUUCUCUUUGGAAUAAAUAAAUAAAUGAA